GAUGGUGUAUAAGAUGUGGGAGAAGGGCCUUUGUCACUGAUCAGCAUUUCUUCUUUUAUUCUCGGCAACAGUCUUACCACUGUCGUUCUCAUCGCUCUUUUUCCCUUCUCCUUUUACUGGCAAAGAUACCCGGCCUUUCACGCCACUUACAUACACCUUAUUUUCUAAUUCUAUCAAAAUGGCCGCUCCCGCCCCCCAAGCCACUGUUACCCCUUCGACCCAGGCCACUGGUCCCAUCUCUGAUGCCGACGUGGCCGAGUGGAAAGACAAGUUCAACAAAGUCUUUGCCGCACCCUCCGAGCACUUCAACUCCAAGUCGCCCGCCACCGCUCAGCCAUGGACACACAACUUCUGGAACUUUGUCAAUCCGCUCGAGACAUGUCUUAUGACUUGGUGCUUGCCGUGUGUCGUGUUUGGCAGGACACAUCACAGGGUGAACAAGAGCGCUAGUCUGAGGGGCUAUGAGCCUAUCAACACUUCGUGCCUUCUAUUCUGCGGUUCAACAGCUGUCUGCAUGCAGUGGCUUCCCAUGGCAAUUCAGAGAGCGGAUUUCCGAGCCAAGUACAACCUUCAGGGUAGCUGCGCGGUGGAUGUUGCCUUGGCGUGCUGUUGCGGGUGCUGUGACAUGGUGCAGAUGGAUAAGGAGGCUGAGCUGAGGGCUUCUGGUGAGCAGAGCCAGAAAGGGAUUCAGGAGCAGUAUAAAGCUGCUGAGGUUAUGGUUGUGCCUGUGGAGCAGAAGCAGUAGAGUGGGUUGGUGAUGGAGUGAUGGCGAUGGUGGGAUAAUUGAGUACCUAGUUUUUUUGGUGAACAAUGGGUUGUAAUUUAUUGGGACUAUGCUUGCUUGUUUGUGUU